AUGGGAAAGGUCAAGAAGGAGCUCGAUGGGGGCCGCGACAAGACCCCACUUGAGCCUACAAAGGGUCCAACAUAUACACUCCGCGUCGUCUUCCACUCUGCACAGCGCUUGCCAAUCUCGGACUUUGGCUCACAAUCGUCGGACCCAUUCAUCCUAGCUCAGUGCGAGACCGGGUUACACACAAGACACAAGCAGGACCCGGCCCUGCGUUUCCGCAGCGCGACGGCGCGACGCACCCUGAAUCCACGGUGGGAUGCUGAAUGGGUAAUCGCUGGCAUACCAGCCACCGGGUGCGAGCUCAAAGUGCGCGUGUACGAUGAGGAUAACGGGACGCAGGACGACCUCCUCGGCCACGUACAUGUGCAGACUGGGAUGCUGGAUGAGAAAUUCAAGAUCGACAAGAACACGUACAAGCUGUCGAAGCGUGGCGCCGACUGGCGGGCAGUGGCGUGGCGCACUUGCCUCAAGUCUGUGGACGAGGACUCACGGAAAGACGUCACGCUCACCAUGUCCCUCGAGGUACUGGAGCGUACAAAGGUCGAGGUCGGUAAGCCGUAUACGGCCAACUGCUUCUGGUGGUCGCACUACUCGCCACUGCUGGGGCGAGUUGUGAAGACGAAGGCCCCAGAUGCCGAGAAGGAAGCGCAAUCAGCAAACUUCCAAGCCAACCAGCUGCAGCUUGCCGGACCAGUCCCGACUGAGCUGUAUCAUCGCUACGUCGACUUUAAAGCCUUCGUUCCGUGGAUGUUUGAAUCCAAGGGCCUUCGCGGGAGGUUCCUGAACGGCGCGCUUCACCGACAACACGAAAGCGUGUACCACUAUGACGCCGAGAGCGAUUACGGCCGUCUGCCUGGACCGGGCAAGGCGAUGGGCCAGCGUUUCCUCGACAUGGCGUGCUGGGGCGAGGGCAAGCGUAUCUUCACCUACGUCAUCACGGUAGACGGGAUGAUGCGGUUCACCGAGACGGGGCCCGAGUUCGGAAUCGACAUGCUGAGCAAGCACACAAUGCACUCGGACGUCAAUGUGUAUAUUGCGUAUAGUGGCGAGUUCUUUGUUCGCAAGUAUCGGCGGGACGCUCCAGGAGAAGACGUGGCGGCCCAGUACGAGCGGAACAGUCUCGACAUUGAGCUGGAAGACGAGGUUGCUACCCGAAAGAAGAGCGUCACCGAGGAUAAGGGGCUCGAGGUCAGGCCGCGACAACGCGGGCUUGAUGAUGGGUCGCGGUGGUUGCGACCUAGUCUCGGACGGCGCUCAUCGCGCCAGUCACAAUACGACGUACCGCCGCAGGAAAACGCAUUAUAUGGGCCCAAAAAGAGAGGACGCUCGACCGAGCCUUCGGACUACGAGCUCGUAAUCGACAACGACUCGGGCACGUACCGUCCCGACAAGGAGUUAUUGCCUGUCCUAGCCAAGUUCCUCGCGGAACAGUUCGGAGGCCUACACGUCGCGGCGAUGAGCUGUACCGACGACAUCAACCAGGAGAUCAAGAAGAAUCGCCUCAAGGCCAAGGCCAAGCUCACGGGCGGGAGGUUUUACAGACAGGUCAACACGUCGACUUCGAGCUUGUCCAGUAGUGAUGCCGAGGCGCUCGAGGAGGGCCGGCAUCAUAUGAGCGGGCGCGAGAAGGGGCUCGAGUUCGCCACGGACCCCGUCAAGUUUACCAAGGGCCAGUACCGCCAGGGCGUGGAUAAGGUCAAACGCCGCAAGAGCAAGGUCAAGGAUGGCGAGGGCAACGGUGAGGGCCAAGGUAGCCCCUCGACACCCAGCGGCGGGACGCCAAGUCUCGACUCGUCCGUCGAGAGCCCAGGCCGCGAUGAGAACGUCGGUCUCAACAACGCGCCGCCUGCCAACGUCAAUCCCAAUCCCAACUCCAACGCCGAAUCGAAAGUCAAGCCUGCAGACCACGAUCCAGAGAAGAUUUAG